UCCGCCGGUUAGCAACCAAACACCCAACCAACACACACAUUAGCCACACUUUUCUUCUUCAUCGCUGUAAAUCCAUCUACCUAGCAAUGGCGCAUCUUGUUGCUCACUUAGCCUUGAAGCUCAUGAUCAUACUCCUACUCUUCUUCCCAAUAGACCAAUCCAACGGCUGUUUGGACGACGAGAAAGUCGCACUUCUCCACCUCAAAUCCUCCUUCAAUUCAACCGCUCAAGAGGAACUCAACCACCCAACAACGGAAGAUUGCUGCUCCUGGCAAGGAAUUCAAUGCAGCCAAACCACCGGCAGAGUCAUCUCCAUCGACCUCUUCGAUUUUCAGAUCCCAGAAACAGAGUCCAGGUGCCUCAACACAACUCUGUUUCUCCCCUUUCCGCAGCUCGCCCGCCUCUCUCUCGCUCACGGCAGUCUGGUCGAUUGCCCCGAAAAAAACCACGGUUUGGAAGGGCUACCGGUACUUCCCCAUCUGGAGAUCUUGGAUUUGAGCUUCAACAAGUUCACUGGCAGCAUCCUUUCCUCCAUAAGAGUCCUUCCUUCGUUGAGGACAUUGAGGUUGCGCGGCAACGGCAUGGACGGUGUCGAUAAUCUCCGAGGAUUAUGCAGUUUGAAGCAGCUUCGAGUUCUGGAUCUAUGGAACAACCACUUCGCCGGAGAACUGCCGGAAUGUCUGGCCAAUUUGACAUCUUUACAAAGUUUGGACCUUUCAGACAAUCAUUUCACCGGAGACAUUUCUCUGUCCCCAUUGGGAAGCCUUAUGUCGAUUUCAGAAUUGCGGCUCACCUACAAUUCGUUCAAGAUUCCCUUUUCACUGUCCCCAUUUUUCAACCUCUCCAAGCUCAAAACCCUCUACGCCGACCACAACCAAGUUAUCUACAGCGAUGGAGGAAAGAAGAACUCUGCAUUCCUCUCUGCUCCAAGCUUCCAGCUGCAGACUCUGUACCUCUCUGCCACCGAGGGUCACGGUGGUGACAACUUCCCUGCAUUUCUCCACCAUCAGCGGGAGCUGCAAGUGCUACACAUCUCGAACGUUCGGAUUGCGAACGAUGGGUUUCCAGCCUGGCUGCUACGCAACAAUUCCAGGUUAAGAGAGCUCAACCUCGUCAACGAUUCGCUCUCCGGCGGUCUAGAGUUUCAGCCGCAUUGGAACCUGAUUCAAUUGGACAUCUCCGACAACAACUUGGAAGGUCCGAUUCCGAGUAAUAUUACGAAUUUCCUGCCGAAUAUGUCAUCGUUAGUCAUGUCGAACAACGGAUUCAAUGGCAGAAUUCCGCCAUUCGAGAGCGGGAAGCUGAUGUACUUGGAUCUGUCAAGCAACAAGCUAUCUGGUACGUUACCGGGGACACUAGCCAAGGGGUGUCCGUUGCUAAGAACGCUUGUACUUUCAGGAAACAGAUUGGAUGGCAGACUACUCGAGUUUGAGUUGCAGAGUUUGAAGACAUUGAGAUUGGAUCACAAUCAAUUUCAGGGGAGCAUUCCAAUUGGGUUGUCUAGGAGCCCUGCAUUGAACUUCUUGGAUGUCAGCAACAACGAUCUCUCCGGUACGAUCCCUUCGUGGCUGUCGACGAUGCCUUCUCUCGACGUGUUGGACCUCUCAGGCAACGAUCUCGUCGGAGAGCUGCCUAGAGGGCUCCCUUCUCCCUGGAUGACACAGGUUUAUCUAUCAAAGAAUCGUCUCGUCGGACAGUUUUUGAUUGAUUCGAUCAGCAACGAAUAUCGACUGUUGAUACUGGAUGUCAGUCACAAUCGACUGUCCGGACCGGUUCCUAGGCAGAUUGACAAAAUGUAUCGAUUGAGGUACAUUCUGCUGAACAACAAUAGCUUCCAGGGGGAAAUGCCGAUUGGAAUGUGCAAGUUGGAGCAUUUGAGGCUCAUCGAUCUAUCGAGCAAUGGCUUCUCUGGAGACAUACUCCCCUGCAUCAAGACUCACGCACACUGGUCACGGUUGGAAGGAGAUGAUGAGAUUGGAUUCCUGGGAGCAGCGACGCCAGCCAUCGAACCAAUGGAGAUUACGACGAAAGCGUUUCCGUACUCUUACCAGGGUCGAAACCUCCUCCUGAUGUCUGGCAUUAACCUGUCAGACAACAACUUUACCGGUGAGAUUCCCGAGGAGUUCGGGAAUCUAACCAGCAUUAGGCUCUUGAACUUGUCACACAAUGCACUCACCGGGUCGAUUCCAUCGACAUUCUCGAAUUUCGAGCAGAUCGAGAGUUUGGAUCUCUGUCACAACAAUCUGACUGGGCCUAUCCCCACGCAGCUGGUGGAUCUGAACUCUCUGGCUGUUUUUAGCGUGGCGUACAACAAUCUGUCUGGGAGGACCCCGGAGAGGAUUGCACAAUUCGCGACUUUUAACGAGAAUUGCUACGAGGGAAACCUUUUUCUAUGUGGAUGGCCGCUACCGAAGAAGUGUACUCCGGGGUCCCCGCCGCAGCCAUUGCUGCCGACGGAGAAUGGGGGUGACGAGGACGAUGAUGAUGGUGAGGUGAUCGAUAUUGAGGUUUUUGUGUCGAGUUUUACGGUGUCGUUUGGGAUGGUGUUGGCAGCGAUCGCGAUGGUUCUGUACAUAAAUCCUAACUGGAGGAGGAGGUGGUUUUACCAUGUGGAAGUGGUGAUGGAAGGUUGCUAUUACUUCAUGGUGGAUCAUCUUCCGGUGCCGGAGAAGUACAAAGUUUUGGACCCCUCUUCUGGAGGGCUGUCAUGGCAGUAGGUUAGUAGAUUGUGGUAGGCUUUUUUAGCAUGGUGGGAAUUCACUUGUAAAAUUGUUUGAUUGAGUUGUAGUAAUAGUAGUUCUAGGUUUCUUGGCAUACUAAUUGGCAACUUUUCCCUUACAUAUUGGAUUGGUACACUGGUUUGUGAAAUUGUUCGAUUUGGUGUACUAAUGAGUUUGUGACAAUGCUACUCAGAAUAAGCAUGAAGGUGAACU